UACCUUCAAUAAGAAAACAAAUCAGAAGGAGCUGCCUGUCUCCCAACUGAUCACAGGAAGAGAGAACUACAAGAUUUACUUAAACUGAACAGCGGGAUAAGAAUAUGUUAUAAUACAUUUUAAUAAACCAUGUCUCGACAAUCAAGUAAAAGACCAGAAAAGCCAAAAAUAGAUUGGCAUUUGCCACCUUCGUCAUCUACAGGCUCAGCACAUCACAUGGGCAUUGAACUUUUUGUACUCACAUAUGGAGCUGUUGUAGCACAGCUGUGCAAAGACUAUGAAAAUGAUGAGGAUAUCAAUAAAGAGCUCGAUAAAAUGGGACAAAAUAUAGGCUCAAGGCUGGUGGAAGAUUUUCUAGCUCGCUCAAGCAUCACGCAAUGCCGUAAUUUUCGUGAAACAGCAGAUGUCAUUGCAAAGGUUGCUUUCAAGAUGUAUCUUGGGGUGACUGCGAGAGUGACUUUUUGGACUCUAGCCGGAGAUGACUGCUCAAUAUUCCUGGAGAAGAAUCCACUGAUGGACUAUGCGGAAGUACCCAACAAGCACUCCUCUCUGCUCUACUCCAAUAUGAUCUGUGGGAUCCUGAGAGGGGCACUGAAAAUGGUUCGUCUGCAGGUCAAUGUCCAACUUCUUCAGGACACAGGGAAAGAUAACAAGAUAACUGAAAUAAGAAUGAGGCUCCUGAGAAGACGCAAAGUGGCUCUUGAUGUUGAGAAACAGAAUGAAUAAUACUUCAAAGAGCCAAGCUCUUUCAGAUAUUUGCCGCUGCACUAAUUUUGUAAUUUGAAAUAGAUAACUGUUGAAGGAAGGUUAUAACUGCAAUGGAUGAAGAAUAAUAACCAUUAUAUCCUGGUGAUUCCUAAUUUAUGAUGUAAAUAACACUGAAAAAUGUUAGAUAUUAAAAACUUGAGCCAUCAAUGCUGCAUGAAUUAAAGCAUAGUUAUUAUUAAUAGUGUAACCAACAAAUCAUUAUUAAUUUGAAAUAAAUGUUAGUGUGCUUUAAUAUGAUUGUAGGAUAACAGUAUUAACUGAAUACCAACAGAAUGUACAGUCCAAUUAAUUUAUAGUACUAAUAUUAAAAUGAUAGAACUGUAAUGCAUAGGACUAUAAUAUAAAUACAAAAACACAUAAAAUGUUAUUACUAUUUAUACUUAAUAAUUAAUAAAUGAAUCAACUUUAACCAAAAA